AUGUCCGACGACAGAAAAGAAGAAGCCGCUGAGGAGGAGGAGGUCACCUGUCAGCCCCUCCCCCCUCCUCAUUCCUCUGUUGCGGUGGACACGCUGAUGUCACUGAGGAGGCAGGACCUCGUCUGCAUCGUGUGCUUUGGCAGUUACGACCUGGCGACCCGGUUGCCGCGGCGACUGCACUGCGGGCACGCCUUCUGCCAGGCGUGUCUGAAGAGACUGGACACGGUCAUCAAUGAACAGGUGUGGAUCCCGUGUCCUCAGUGUCGACAGAACACGCCUCGGCCCAGAGGAGGAGCAGCAGGUCUGGACCUGGACUUGGCCUCGUUCCUGGGAGUGAAGGCCCAGCAGACCUGCGCCUCCUCAGGCUCCCUGUCCUCCUGGAGCUCCGGCCGCAGGGAGGGGGCUUCACCCAGUGACCCGGCUCAGGACGGGAAGCUGUGGUUGGGGAAAGAAGUCCCCGAUGACGGCUGGUUGCACGGAGGUCUGGCUGAGCCACGUUUCCAUCGCUACGGCAACUGUUGCCCGCCGCCGUCCUACUGGUUGUGCUGCUGGUUCUGCUGCCCGGGGCGGGGCUAGGACGGACCAAUGAGUGUGCUGUCUUUAGUUCUCCUUUCUGUUGGUGAAGGUUUUUUGCUCUGAUAGAUGUAAACUGCUAAUAAACGUGUUCCUGAAAUCCUGACUGAUCAUUUCAUCACAUUUACAAGCAAGUACGUGAAUUAAUUCCACAUUCUGUCAAAGAUAUUCAGACUGAAUACAAACAAAUAACUAGACUGAACAGGGUCCAGACCACCUCGCAAACCACCUGUAGGCCACCACGGUAGGGCACCACAUAGGGCACCAUGCAGGUCACCAAGCAGACCACCACGUAGGGAACCACGUAGGGCACCAUGCAGACCACCA